AUGGGCUGCGUGAAUAGUACUGAUCGCUCAGCGUACAUGCGUUCGAAGCUCAUCGACGACCAGCUGAAAGCGGAUGGCGAACGAGCGGCUCGAGAGGUAAAGCUGCUUCUUCUUGGCGCCGGCGAAUCCGGAAAAAGUACCAUUGUGAAGCAGAUGAAAAUCAUUCACGAGACGGGCUACUCAGAAGAGGAAAGGAAAGCGUAUAAACCGGUGGUCUAUUCGAACACAAUGCAAAGCAUGAUGGCGAUUAUUCGAGCAAUGAACAUGCUGAAAAUUGAUUUCGCCAGUCGGGAAAAUGAUCUUGCUCGCGAGUUCUUCGCUUUAGCUGCAAAUGCUGAGGAGGGCGAGAUGCCCCCGGAACUGUCGUCUUGCAUGAAACGACUGUGGCACGAUGGCGGUAUUCAGGAGUGCUUCUCCCGAUCAAGGGAAUUUCAGCUGAACGAUUCUGCUCCAUAUUACCUCAAUGCGUUAGAGCGAAUUUCUCAACCCGGAUAUGUUCCCACUCAGGACGACGUGCUUCGAACUCGGGUGAAAACAACUGGUAUCGUCGAAACACACUUCACUUAUAAAGACUUACAUUUCAAAAUGUUUGAUGUUGGCGGUCAACGUUCCGAACGAAAGAAAUGGAUCCACUGUUUCGAGGGCGUAACAGCGAUCAUUUUUUGCGUAGCUUUAAGUGAAUACGACAUGGUGCUGGCUGAAGACGAAGAAAUGAACAGGAUGGUGGAAAGCAUGAAGCUGUUCGAUUCGAUAUGCAACAACAAAUGGUUCACCGACACAUCGAUCAUCUUAUUCCUGAAUAAAAAGGAUCUUUUCGAGGAAAAAAUAAGAAAAUCGCCGCUUACGAUUUGCUUUCCUGACUACACAGGUUCGAAUACAUACGAAGAAGCCGCUGCGUACAUCCAGAUGAAGUUUGAGUCGUUGAACAAGAGGGUGGGCGGUCAGAAAGAGAUUUAUACACACUUCACCUGCGCCACGGACACCAACAACAUUCGUUUCGUGUUCGAUGCCGUCACUGAUAUCAUCAUCAAGGACAAUCUGCGGCAGUGCGGCUUGUUUUAA